AUGGCCGACCCAGUCACCUACAACUUCUACGGCACAACCGUACCCACGCUCCGUAAUAUCGCCCAAAGCGCAAUCAGCAUCCUCACCACCGCGCAAGAUGAGAUCUCUGCUGCAAAAUCCGCCUUCCCCUCCGAGCAAGAACUUCUCGACACACAGUUCGCCGACAUGUUCCCCUUCCGCAUGCAACCAAUCCUCCUCACGAAAUUCCCCGUCGAGCCGCUCACCCAACUCUCCCUACACGGCAGCGUGGCCCCGCCCGCGCUGAACCCAGGCUUCACCUCCCUGACCGACGUGAUCGAGUUCUUCAAAGCCACCAUCGCGGUGUACGAUGCGAUUGAGGAGAAAGCGUUCAACGAGGCCGCGGACAAGAGCGUCGACGUGGAGUUUAAGAAUGCGGGCAAGACGCUGCACAUGAAGGGUUUUGCGGACUACUACCACGGUUUCUGCGUGCCGAAUGCGUAUUUCCAUUUGAAUGCCAUGUACAUGUUGUUGCGGAGUAGGGGGUUCAAGUUGGGCAAGACGAGCUAUAUUGGGGCGUUUAUGAGUGAGCAGCAGAAGAUGGAUUGGGCGCCGUUGAAGGGGUAGAUUAGGUGCGAAUGAAUGGAUGAGCGAAUAUGAAUAUGAA